ACUUGUUUGGCCUGGUUAAUAACACAAAAACAGAAUUAACUUGAGUUUGGAGGUUGCUGUGCUUUACUUGUCGCUACUGUGGGCUUAAGUAACUUUUCGGUGUCGCUGCAGGAUAGUGGAAGAAAAAACCUGUCAGAUUCAGAGCAGUUGAGUGACUCCGGAAAUUAAGGAUACUCAGGGCUAUUUUGUGGAGGAUAAUAGUAGAAGAAGAGUACUGAGCAGAAAUUGACCGCAGAUCUUAGGUUCAAGUGACCCUAAACGUUUUGGGAUUAUCACGGUGUCAGUUUGCUCUGGUGUUUCCAGCAUUUACUGUGAGGUGUGUGACUUUCUCCCGCAUGGACGCCGGCUUACCUUCUGUGACUAGCAGCAUUCGUCUUGCUGGGAUUUGUUCCUCCCAAAAGAAUUAAAUGAUUGGAACUAUAGUUACUUACUUUUUCUUCUUGCGAGCAGUCGUUAUCAAUAUGGAGGCGUAGGCACCUUAGAAGGGACUUUAGUCUGAACUCUGGGAGGUAGUUCUGUGCACAAAUAAAGAAACUAAAGCUUCAAAUUUAUCUAUUUUUUUUUUUAAUUUGAGGUUUCUCUUCUUUAUGCAAUAAACAUGGCAUAUGGAAAAAACUUAAUUCAGCAGUAUAAACCAUUAGAAUGUUCUGACACAAGGCAAUUAAUUUAUGUUCAAUUUGAUAACUCUAUACUUUUAACUAAGGCACCAGGGUAAAACUGAAAUGCUGUGUUCAGUCUGUACUGACAUUGUAGACAGAAAAGCCUGGGGCUUUUCCAGGUUUGUUAAUUAAGACAGCUUAUCCUUGUCAGAAACAGCAUAUAGGAUUUGUUUCUUUCAUAGCUGAAUAUUCAAUAUAUGUGAAGUUCAGUGUAAACUAACUUCUUUAGUCUUGGCAAUUAUUACAACAAUUUGCAGAAGUUGAGGGUUUUUUGGAAGUCUAGUAGUAGUGGGUAUCCCAGAUCAGUUCAGUGAUGUCAGUUCAGGAGCUCUUUCUUUGUAUGCUUUGAGCUUGAUAAGCCAUUAUUUUUAGCCUUCUAAUGAGGUUUUACAAAUAAAAAACUUUAUGUAUAAGCUGCAUAUUUAUCAGCUGUCUAGGGUGAAACAGUUCUUAAAACACUUAAUGUGUUCUUGUUAAAAAUGAAAUCAUUUUAAUGGCCCCUCAUUUUAGUUUCUUUAUUAACAAAGGAUUUUGAUAAACCCAUUUGAGGUUUUCCCCUCUGGAUCCCACCUCCAGUAGCCUGACAAAUUGGUACUGCUCUCCCAGAUGGACAGUACAAGGAAAGCAAGUGAUGCCUGUAUGAUUCAAGGGAACGUCCUCUUUAGAGUGCUUUCUUCAACUGUCAAAAUGGGAUGCAGCAGCUUUUGCAUGGAAAGCAGUUGUGUAAACUAAAGUACAUGAAUUUCUCAAGUAUUCAAAGGCUGUCAGUCAUGUGACUGACUCUACACACCCGCAUUCAAAGUUGCACAAUAAAAUAUUUCAUUUUCAGGUCCUUAACUUUUGUACAGGCAGGGGUGAUUCGGAAUUGCCUUUAAUGCACACAACUACCUCCCAGAGGAAGACUUUGUCCCAUUCUUCCAAAAAUAGCCCAUUAUGAACAUAAUGGAGAACAGCCCUUUCUUGGCUAGCAUCAUGAAGCAGAGUGCUCUGUGUGGUGAACUGAAGUAUGACUUGUCCUGUGAACUCUACAGAAUGUCAACGUUUUCUGCUUUCCCCAUUAAUGUGCCAGUGUCAGAACGGAGUCUUGCCCGGGCGGGGUUUUAUUACACUGGUGUGCAAGAUAAAGUGAAGUGCUUCAGCUGUGGCUUGACAUUGGACAGUUGGCAACCAGGAGAUAAUGCUAUGGAGAAACAUAAGCAGCUGUAUCCUAGCUGCAGUUUUGUUCAAAACAUGCUUUCUGCUAACAACAUCGGACUGUCCUCUCAUUCUGCCUUUUCACCUCUAGUUGCAAACAGUUUUUCACCAUCUCUACGUUCCAUAACAUCUCCAAGUUUAGAACAAGUUGGAUAUUUCAGUGGCUCUUUUUCCAGUUUUCCUCAAGACCCAGUAAAUAAUAGGGCAGUGGAAGACCUUACAUUCUUGAGACCUAAACUUCACAAUCCUUCAAUGAGUACAGAAGAUGCUAGACUACGAACUUUUCACUCGUGGCCACUGACGUUUCUCUCGCCCACUGAUCUGGCAAAGGCUGGACUUUAUUACUUGGGGACAGCAGACAAAGUUGCUUGUUUUGCAUGUGGUGGUCAGCUGAGUGACUGGGAACCAAAAGAUAAUGCUAUCUCAGAGCAUCGGAGACACUUUCCAAACUGCCCUUUUGUAGAAAACCUUACCCGAGACCAGUUAAGUUUCAAUGUUUCAAAUGUGAGCAUGCAAACCCAUGAAGCACGUGUUAAAACAUUCAUUAAUUGGCCAACUAGAAUUCCAGUUCAGCCUGAACAGCUUGCAGAUGCUGGCUUCUACUAUGUAGGCCGCAACGAUGAUGUCAAGUGUUUUUGCUGUGAUGGUGGGUUACGGUGCUGGGAAUCUGGAGAUGAUCCAUGGGUUGAACAUGCAAAGUGGUUUCCAAGGUGUGCGUAUCUGCUUCGUGUGAAAGGAGGAGAGUUUGUAAGUCAAAUUCAGGCCAGGUUCCCCCUUCUUCUUGAACAGCUCUUGUCAACCUCUGAUACGACUGUAGAUGAGAACAUUGAUCCCCCAAUUAUUCAUUUUGAACCUGGAGACAGUCACUCAGAAGAUGCAAUCAUGAUGAAUACACCUGUGGUAAAAGCUGCCUUGGAGAUGGGAUUCAGUAGAAGGCUAAUAAAGCAAACAGUGCAAAGUAAAAUCUUGGCCACUGGAGAAAACUACAAGACUGUAAAUGAUCUUGUGUCUGAUCUACUCACUGCUGAAGAUGAGAAGAGGGAAGAGGAGAAAGAGAGACAAUCUGAAGAAGUGGCAUCAGAUGAUUUGUCCUUAAUCCGGAAGAAUCGCAUGGCCUUAUUCCAGCGUUUAACAUGUGUACUUCCAAUCCUUGGGAGCCUUCUGUCAGCUAAAGUGAUAACAGAACUCGAGCAUGAUGUUAUUAAGCAGAAGACUCAGACACCACUGCAAGCAAGGGAAUUGAUAGAUACAGUUUUAGUGAAAGGAAAUGAAGCAGCCAGCAUAUUCAGAAGCUGCCUACGAGAUUCUGACCCUGUACUGUACAAAGAUUUAUUUGUGGAGAAGAACAUAAAGUAUGUUCCUACAGAAGAUGUUUCAGGUUUACCUAUGGAAGAACAAUUAAGAAGAUUGCAAGAGGAAAGAACAUGUAAAGUUUGCAUGGACAAAGAAGUUUCUAUUGUUUUUAUUCCAUGUGGUCACUUAGUGGUGUGCAAAGAAUGUGCACCAUCCCUUAGGAAAUGCCCUAUUUGCAGGGGGACCAUAAAGGGCACAGUUCGUACAUUUCUUUCCUAAGGAGGGAAGCUUGCAAAACAUCUUUUCCUGUCAUCCUCCAGCUGCUGAAAUUUAGGCCAGCAGUGUCUUAAGAAUCGAAAACUGUGAUACAGAAGAUGAUUAAUCAACUACCUAACACCAUUGUGUCAUAGUAAACUGUAUCAUCAUUAUAAGUAUACUCAGUCUUCCUUCCCAAAGACUAACUUCUGUUCAUAAGACUAAAUCAAUACUAAGGUGAGGUUUCUGUAGUUUUCCUUUCUGAGUAAGGAAAGCACUUUCACUAUUAAUGUCCUGGUGCCACUUUGAAUAAAAAACUUUCUGGUUGAGUUUCUAAAAUGAAGCUUGGCAUAACUCAUUUCUUGAGUUUCUUCCAUGUGAAUGCGAAGAAAUACAUUAGGGUUGAAGUUUGCUGUUUAUUAAUAAUUAUAUUAAUUAAUAUUAAUUAAAUUUACUGUUUUGGUUCUGUUUUAGCAUUUUGUAGACUUGAGGAGAAAUAGGCUAACUUGCAGGAACAAGCAGGACUUAAAAAAAAAAAUUAGUUCAUGUGUAGAUACUUGUGUAAUGUGUAUUAAUAAUAGUUUAUAUGAAGACUGAAUAAAAGUAUUUCUACUUCUCAAA